CUAUAAUGGAAAAAAUAAAAAUCAAAACUAAAAAAAUAUUUUUAAAAUAAAGAUGAAUAAAGAAAACAAAAUGGUGAAAGAGCUCUACAAAAAAUAUAUUUCAGAUAAUCCUUUCUUAAUUAUAAAUUAGCUUAUAAUCACCAUAUUUGUAUUUUAUGCUUUAUCUGUGCAAAUUAUUUCAUUAGGCAGUGUGGUUUUUUGUAUUUUUUUUAAGUGAAUAAAAUGCAAAUCUCUCUGACAGCUAAGAAACUUACAGAGAAAGAAUAAGUAUAGAUAAAUACAGUCAAACAGGAGGAAGAAGUUAAAUGCCAUAAGCAAGACACAAAUGACAUUCUUGAGAAUUUAGAAGGGUAGAUUACUUCUGGAGAGAGGGAUUGAGAUGCUUGAAAGAAGGGUAAUAUUUUUGUCGAUGAUACUUAAUUUGUUUACCAAAAACCAGGGAAAUGGACAGUUAAUUCAAAACUUAAAAUAGCUAUCUGAUCCAAGAUAAAAAGUUAAUUGUUGUUUGGAGGAAAAGUAGAAGUAUGUUUGGUAUUGUGGGUUUACUAUAGUGUAAGUAGUAUAAGUCAGUGAUUACUUUUGAAUUAUAUAAAAUGGUUCCCCCUUAAAAGGCAAACGGUAUAUCAGCAUUUCUGAGAAAUGAUCUAAAAAUCCUAUUAAAUUAUCAUAGGCAGGUGGGCAGUGUGACAGAAAGAGAUGAGUAGCUAAUUCUACUUAGAUUAGUGUUUUUGUUUUCUAGUGCAGCAACAUCCUAACUGCAUUUGUCAUGCCAUAAGCCUUAUGCUGCAUAUACCUGCACAGAACUACAAGUAAACUGAGAAAAGGCGCAGUGAUUGAUUACUGUGCUCAUAAUUAGUUAUGAAGAGUUCAGUUAACUGAAAACUCCAGUCAGAAGAGAAAGCAAAUAAACUAUCCUAAAAUUUAUGAUGUUUUAAUAGGUCAUGAUAUUUCAGAAGGGGAGGCGGCAAUUCUUAACCAAAUUUGUUCUUUACUGGGCUGCCUAAUACGCUUGGCACAGCAAUAAUACUGACUCCUUUUCCUUCACUGUUCUGAUUAUAAUUCAGAAAACCUAGUGAUGAUUUUUUUAUUUUAAUCAUUCUCCUUACCUUUUAAUUAUUUUUUAUUCUUAGAAUUUCAGCCAAAAAAACCUUUAAAACAUUAUGUUAUUAAACAGAUGAUAAAAUCAGUAAUCACUGCUUUCUAGUCAUUCUUCAAAUAUUCACAUACUAUUUUUUUUCCUCUAAAUUGAGAUUUUUAAAUCAACCAAAAUUUUUUUUGUACAUAUUAAAAUUUCUUUUACUCAGGUAUAAUUCUGUGUUAAUGUCUGUUGGAUAGUCUUAAAUCUGUUUUUAUUUUUGUUGAAUCAUGGUUGAUAUUGAACCCCAAUUUUUAAUUUUGUUAAAAUCAUAACCAUGUUUAUUCUUGUGACGCACAAGAUAUAACUAUAUCUUGUCUGUUGUUAUACUUAGGUUGUCAUCGCCCUUCUUUUGUGGUAAGCAGCAACUACUUUUGACAGUUGGUAAAUCAAUUGCAGACAGCCAGAUGGUAAAUAUACGUAGCCAGUAAGUUGUCCUUGAAAAAUGAUCAAAUUUAGAUCUUUCAGAGAGAAGGCAGAUUACUUAGAAUAUACAGUGAACAACUCUGACAGCAAUUGAAGUUGAAUUAUUAGUGAUUAUCAUUUACAUAUAUUUAAAUUUUUAAGAAUUUAAAAACGAAUAUGUCAAGUGUGCUUUUCCUAAAAUGUAUGUUGUUAAAUAGUUUUUCCAUUUGAAUGUGGAACUGAUGGUCAAGUAAGUUUGGGAGAUGUCGAAUCAUGGUCCUACAGACUGCUCACUAGGCCUUCCAUUAGCAUUGGACCGUCAGUCUCCAAAAGGAAAACCUUGAAUAUGACUAGUACAUGACAGAAUACAGUUGAAGACUCUAAACUAAUGUAUUUCAUGAGGUCUUACUAUAGUUUGCCUGUCGUACAGCUACACUUUGAAACCAGUCAUGUUAUAUUUUUAAGUAGAGUAAUGUCUUAAAUGAGAGGCCAAAGAACAUGAUUCGGAAAAAAGGAAAAGAUUUUCAUUAAUUGAAUUUGCAAACCAGGGAGUUCCUAUUGUGGCUCAGUGGGAAAAAAUCUGACCAGUAUCCAUGAGGACGCAGGUUCGAUCCCUGGCCUCACUUAGUAGGUUAGGAUCCAGUGUUGCCGUGAGCUGUGGUGCAGCCCUAAAACGACAAAAAAAUUUAAAAAAUAAAAAAAUAAGAAAUUGAAAACCAUAUGAAACAUGAAGUACUUAUAAAGCUUCUCAGUGUCUUAGACCAAGAUUUCCCUUACUCACUUGAUUGCUCCCUUUUUGGAAAGGAAUAGUCACCCCCUAUAAGUAACAAAAUAAAAUCACCCGUUCUUGUAUUUUAAAGGGCCUCAUGUACUUUCUGUGCUCUGUUUGUCUCAGUUGUGUAACAUUUAUUAGCUAAUUUUGACAAGUAUUGAUAAUACAGAAAGUAUCUUGGGUAAAAUUAGAUAAUCAGCUGUAAAUCAGUAUAGUUUAAAACACUUCAAUAUCUUUUUCCCACUAAGUGGAGUUUUUAUUGUUGUGUCCCAUGAUUUCUCAAUGGGAAGAGUCUUUUUUGUACCUUUUUCUUCCCUAGUUCAGUUAAAUUGUUGAUCAUUAUAUCAACAAAUGCCUUAAGUGUUGAAAAGUUUUAUGUCAGAUAUAGUGUCUAUAUGAAGAGUUGAAAAUAUGGGCCAGUGAUUUAGCUGGUUCUAACAACAGACUAAGUUACCAGAUUGAUAAAGUGAGGCUAAUUGUCAACAUGGGAAGUCUUUAUAAACUCCCCUCAAAAUAAGGCUUUUAAUUUAAGAAAUAGUAUUUUAGAAAAGUUUUAAACUUCUACAUAUCAGUGAGAACAUGGUCCUGUGAAACCAAGAUCAAUCCAGAGUCUGGCUGAGUCAUUUUAGUUUGGAUUAAUUGCCAUAAACUAACUUGGCUAUCUUACUGAUAUUUCCUUUGUUUCGUGGACAACUGAGCAAGACAAUUUGGAUGUUCAGCUCAAAUGAAGCAUCGUUAGGUUCUCACACAGCUUCCACCCACUCUUUCCUUUUCCAUGGCCAGCAUCGUGGUUCAGAGUUCUUUUCUCACAUGGAGCUCUUAUGCUAUUAAACCUCCAUACUGAUGUCCUUGCCCCAUCUCACAGCUGCUACAUAUUCCCAAAUUCCACUUUGCUUUGUUACUCUUUCAUCAAAAUAAUUCAACCAUCCCAGUAGUAAAUGACCAGAGAAAAGUAACAGACCUCUUUAAUCAGUCCUAAUUUUACCGUUACAGUGGGAGACAUUAAUAUAAUUAGCAUUUUUCUAAAUUUGAUGUCUUUAAAGAAUUGAUUUUCCAUAAGUCUUUUACUUAAUACUUUAAUUGAUAUAACUAACAUCAAUUUUGGGAGGAAAAUUCCCAAGCCUCUGUGUCAGCUAAGGUUUUUUCCCUCUCCCAUGAAAGGUUUCAAAUGAAGUAAUUAAAAUAAUUUUAAAAUGUGUUGAUUAAAGUAUCAAUUCAUUUUCUCUUCUUACACAGACCCUGGUCUUUUUUGCUUAAAUUAACUGUUUUGAACCUGAUUUUUGCCUGGAAUCUCUGGUACAUUUGCCCUUUAGCCAUGCCACCUCUGGUUUGCACAUCUGAAAUUGAUGUGAUUGUAGCAGUAGAGCUUAUUAUGCACUUUAUUUAGAUAAUUAAAAUUUCCUCAUUCUAAAGAUUCACUGGUAAUUUUCAAACCCUAUUUUUUUUAUUUUCUUAUAGAGAGAUUGUUGAUAGUAUAAUCUAUGCAAGUUCCUAGCUUGAAGCUUUUAUCUCCUGCUAUUACUACUACUCAUCCUUGUCAUCUUGCAGCUUGUAUGCUGAAUUUCUCAAAAUAUUUGUGGUGAAGGACCAGUUUUCCUUCGGUUGUCAUCACUGAAUUAUUGUAGUCAAAUUUUUUUUUUUUUUUUUUGGCCACACCUGCAGCAUAUGAAAAGGUUCCUGGGCCUGGGAGCGAAUCCAACCAAGCAGCUGUGACCUGUGUCACGGUUGCAGCAAUGCCAAAUCCUUAACCCACUGAACUGGGCCAGGGUUUGAACCCACAUUGCCAGGGAGACAACACCAGAUCCUUAAUCCACUGCACCACAGUGGGAAUUCCUACUAAAUCAUUUUUAUUGUAUUUUUUAAAAGCUUCUUCUGUGGCAUAUUGGAAAUUAAGAAACAGACAUACAAAUUUUAGUCCAAAUCUUUCAUCAUUAAAUUCAAGAUAUCUGUCUAGUUGUGUAAAAGUUUCCUAAUUACUUGCAAAUUUUUCUCUUUAAGUGGAUUACCUACUUUCUAGAACAUACUGUGUACUUCCCUGCUGGGACUGAUGCUCCUCCCACUGCCCAAAGGAUGCUUUUAGCCUAAUUGGCAAAGUCUUACUUGUUAGAAUCAAUUUGCUGAGAUCCCGUUGUGGUUCAGUGGAUCCAACUAGUAUCCAUGAGGAUUUGGGUUUGAUCCUUGAUCCCUGCCUCGCUCAGUGAGUCAGGGAUCCAGCAUUGCCAAGAGCUGUGGUGUAGGUCACAGACUCGGCUUGGAUCCCAUCUGGCUGUGGCUGUGGCUAUGGCCAGCAGCUGUAGCUUCAAUUCAUAUGCCUCAGGUGCGGACCUAAAAAAAAAAGCAAUUCAGAUGCCAUCUCUAGGGAGUGCCUUCACUAAAAAAAAAAGUCCAUAUUUGCCCUUCAUGCUUUUUUCCCACUUUGUUCAUGCCUUCUCUUAUAGUAGUAUCUCAUUAUGUUGCUAAUUGUAUUUUUUCCUGACAAGUUGUGGGUCUACUUAAGGCUGGUUUAUCGAUUAGUUAUCCUUCUUCAAUUCUCAACGCACAACAACUUCUCUAUAUAUAUUUGUGGAGUUGUUACUUCUUGUAUGGUAAAUUCAGAACAGCAGUGACUGUCCAAAGGUGGGAGAUAUUUCAUAUCCCUGUUAGCCUACUAAUCUUCUUUUUGAAAAGGCCAUUCUUUUCUUUUCCCACCAGAAUUUUGGAAACAUUUCUGUACAGAGAACGGUAUUUAUCUGUCAUAGUUAUAAUGUAAAUUCGUGAAAAUUAGAAAGCAGAGACUUCAUUUGAAGAUUAAAAUCAAGAUUGUACUUCUUAAGAAGUACUUCUUUAGUAGACUAGCAGCAGUUCUCAAAUUUCUUGGUCUCAGGACCCUUUUGUACUCUUAAAAUACUGAAGACCCCAGGGAGUUUUUGUUUAUGAGAUCUGUAUCAACCAGUAUUUACCAUAUGAGAAAUUUAAACUGAGAAAAAUUCUAAAGCACAAGUAUACACAAGGAUGCAUUCCAGUAGCCAUCAACACAGUGCCACACAGCACGUAGCCACCGACAGCUCCACUGUCGACUUGUGGGAGAAAGAAACGGAAAGCAGAUAACAGUUCAGUUUCAUGAAAAGUAAUUUUGACCUCAUGUGCCUCCUGAAUCAAGCAUGGGUACCCUGGAGUCCCUGGACCACACUUGGAGAACAGCUGCUUGAUAGACAAUUCACUUGUCUAAUUGCCAACAGAAUAAUCUGUAUUUUUAUUUCAAUAAAGUUGUAACCUAGCUUUUGUGUUUGUGGAUUAGAAUUUUUUUUUUUUUAAUAUCUGCAGGGUCUAUCAUAUUACCCACUCUUCUAUUAAUGUCUAGACAUAGAAUGUGCUGGAACCUAUUACCAGUGUUGGCUUGGCAGCUCUAAGACGGAGAUGCUUACUCAAGGAGAUGUCAUUUUAUUUGUGGAUACUCAGUAAGGUCAUUCCUAGUUAUGCCCUGUCAGUACCCUGGCUUUCAAGUUCUAGCCCUUUUUAUGAUGUAUAAACCACCAAAUACUUCUGUGGUGGUUCUCUGUACUCCAGAGGGUUUGGUCACUUUCUUAAUUAUUCCACAAAGUCAAAUUUAUACUUCUUUGAGGGAGUGAGAAGUCUCUACCUUCAAAAUCUUCCCUUCUCUCCUUUGUCUGACCUUUCCCUCCACUUGCCUCAACCUGAUCCCUGAUGCUGGCUCUCCUUUUCUGAGAGUACAGUCUGCUCUCUGGCAGAUAGUUACUUGGCCCCAGUGACUCCUGUGUUUUUUCACUCCUACCCUCUUACCUUGGCUGAUACUCUGUUAAAUUCUUUCUGAGGUCUUAGCAGGACAGUCAGUCUCCUAGAGUAUUUGACGACUCUCUUCAAAUUAAAUGGGUACUGGGUCUUCCUGAGAGUUCUGAGAAUGCGUCAUAUGUACCUGUCAGCUGCAUGGGAAUACCAAGAGGGCUGCUGGUUUAGACUCAUUAAUUCACUGACAGCGCAAUAUUCUGUUUACUUAUCUUUUUAUUGUGUGAUGGUGUCAUGGCGUGAGCUGCAAUUUGGGGAUUUAUCGUUGUCAGUGAUAAACUAGAAGCACAAAGCUGAUAGAAUGUUAGGGACGUUUUAUUUUUUAAUUCUGUGUCCUAAACAUAGUAGGCAGUCAAUAAAUGUUUGCCGAGUUAAUUUUAUUUUCAUUAGUGUUGAUGAAACUGUGAGCUCCAACGACAUUACGCUUUAAGCCAGGCCUCUCUCUCUUAUACCCAAGGAAACUAUGCCCUCACACUGUUCUGAAAAAGUACAUGUUGCUGCCUUAAUAAGCAAAAUCCUUACUGAUACUUAAUGAAGAUGGUUAUUUGAAAUGUACAAAUUCAAAUCUCAACAGAAUCUACUUCUGACUCUUUGUUAAACACCUCUGCAGAAGUUCUUAGUUUUCUUGAAACUUUGUAUAGGUCAUACUACCAAGGUAUUUUGCAAACCUAGGCUUGAGACACCUUAAUUAUUUUCUUCUUUUUUUGAUUUAAUGAACUUGAUAUUAAAGUUACUCUAUUUUAUAGGUCUGUUUUGUUAUACACAUUGCUAUCUAAAUACUUAAACCAGGCUUCAUUGUUUUUCAGAGCUGUCUUUUUUCUUUAAUUCUCCUGCCCCUGCCUUAUUUUGACUAUGUUUUCUUCUCUGCACUAAUUUUAAUUUUUUUUUCCCUGUAAGCCAUCAACAACUCUCCUGCUUCUGUUUUUGUUGUUGCAUUUUAACAUGAAUUUAAAUCAUACCAUUGCCUGUAAACCUUCCAGUGCUUGCCAGAUAAAGGCCAGCUCCUUGGCAUGACCUUGAUUCAGAGUCCUUGGUCCCAGUUGUGUUUUCAGCCUAAUCUCUAGUCACAUUGGACCACUUCUUCCUGUAUCACACUCAGCAGUUCCCUUCCUUUGAGUGCUGUGUUUUUGUUUUGUUUUGGUUUUUCUUUUUUUUUUUUUUUUAAGGGCCGCAUCCAUGGCACAUGGAGGUUCCCAGGCUAGGGGUCAAGUCAAAUUGGGAGCUGAAGCCGCUGACCUACACCACAGCCAGAGCAACACCAAUUUCCAGCCACGUCUGCAACCUACACUGCAGCUCAAGGCAGCACCAGAUCCUUAAGCCACUGAGUGAGGUCAGGGAUCCUCAUAGAUACUAGUCCUUGGUGAGAUUUGAACCUGAGUCCUCUUGGAUACUAGUCGAGUUCGUUACCACUGAGCCCCAACGGAAACUCCUUUUGAGUGCUCUUUUGGUAACCUAGUGUGGCUGCCACUCUCUUCUGCCUGGCAAGCCUUUAUUCAUUUUUUUAACCAUCACCGACCACCACUUAGGGUGCAGACACACAUAAAGUGAAAACUUAGUUAUAGCCCACUUUGUUCCCAGAGCACUUUUUAUAAACCGCAGCCAUAGCAUUUAGCACAUACACUCUGUCUUUCUUUUGCAUAGUGACUAAAGGAAAAUUCACAUGUACUGUUCACUCUCGUGUUAUAUACUUCUACGAAUUACUUUAACCUUUUCCUACCCCAUUUGUAAAAGCAUAUCUGAAUUCAAGUGAGUGAAAGUGCAGCUGUCAUUCAGCAUAAUCUUGAACUCAGUCUGUUUCUUUUUUUUUUUUUUAGGGCAUCAUUUGCAAUCUAUUAGACCUCAAUACAUUUUAUACCCUACAGUAAAUAUUCUAUACAACUAAUCGAGGUAUAUCUGCCAGUGAGAAACUAAUGUGUCAUAGAUGGAAAUACACUGAUUUUUAUUAUAACUAUUUGUUCCCCCAGAUUAUUUCUUAAGAGCUAUAGCUACUAAAUUAAACUUAAAGGGUAUUCCAGACAAGACUCACAUGCUCUGCCAGUAAUAAUACCUUCUUUUUUGGCCUGCACUGGAAAUACUACAAUGUUACAAUAACAAUAUGUCAGGCUAAUUUCUUACAACAAGACUGAGAUUGCCUUAUCUUGUUUUACUUAUGUUCACUUUCACUCUUCUGAUUUGUUUUCUUCCUCUUACCUGUGUAUUCAUCAUGUUAGGAGUAAGGAAUAGAAAAUAUAUGAUAUAAUUUUUAACCUGUUUUAAUUCUAGUAACUAUAUGCAAUAUGCACAAAGUUUAUGACUUUACCAGCUGAAAGCUUUUUCUUUAAAAAAAAAUUCGAGAAAUUAAUGUUGAUGGAAAUACCUCCUAAAUCUUAACCUAUCACUUGCUCCAAAUCUGAAAGAUAACAAAUAGAGCUUUAAGUUUUAUAUUUGCUACACUAAAACAUGAUCUAGGAAAAAAAAAAAAAAAAAAGGAGCCAAAUUAUUUAAUCACAAUGGGAGGGUUUAGUUUUAAGGACUAAUAGCUGCCUCAUCCUUGGUGAUUGCUCGCUUACAUAAUUUGUUAUGAAAGAAAGCUUUUAGGGAAACCAUCUCUCCAGAAUAUUUGUGAUUUGUUCUCUUCUGCUUGGGAAGGGUUAAGAGGAGACAACAUCCUGUCAGAGACCUUGUUUUUAAUUUUGCUUCUCACACUGGCACAGAUCCUGCUAAGAGCAGCCCAGAUUAGUUCGGAAAACCUUUGAAGAGAUUUAAGAUGUCCUUCAGCCAGUUUGAAGGUUUUUGUCUUGCAAAUCCAGUACAAGGGCGCCUGCAGGCAUCUCGACCCUUGCUGUGCUGCUGAUGCAGCUCAAGGUCACACUAACCCGCCCUGUGACAUUCAACAACAACAAAAAAUUAUGUGGUGAAACUGCUUCAGCGUUCAGCCAACCAACAACUUCCUUUAGUGAGGAACUGAGGAAGAAGUCUUUUUUUUUCCCCUCUUUUUCUUUUUUUGGGGGCUCAAAAUUUUUGCUGUAGGAAAUAAUCCUGGAUUUCUGAUGUGUGUGAUGACAAGGUCAUUUCUUAAUUAGAACACAUGUAAAGAACAAAGCUAAAUGGCUUCAAAACAGCUUUGUAGUUGAUGGAGAGGAUUUAAAUUAUUUAAAGAGAUAGUCACCCAUGUAUGAUGGAAGCUGAAUUCUAAAGGAAUUAACUCCUUCGUUCCUGUCCACUUGCCCUCACUUUGAAUUUCUUAUGUCUGGCUUUAGAAGGUUGCAUUCUAAACUUAAGAAAAUUUAUAAAUGACCAUUUUUUUUAAAGGGUGAAACAUGACUUAUAAAUCAAAUUCUCGGAUAAACUUUAAGUGGAGAAGUUUCCUCCCCACGACAUUUGUCUCCUGGAAUUUUUAUCAAAUGACUCAAUUUAGGAACUAGGAAUUACAAACUUUUUCUGCUGGCAGCUGUGAUGUAUUUAUAAUAUGUUGGAGAGGGAUGAAUAAAAUGCUUCUUUAUUAUCUCACCUUUUAUUCCUCACUUUGACCCAUUUGUGAUUUGGAAUUUUAGUAAAUCAGUUUACCCUGAGUCUUUAGAAAAUAUAGCGCAUAGCAUUCAUGUUUCACAGCUUUCAAAGAAUUGGUGUGAAAAGACACAUGUGUUUUUCCUUAGGGGACAAAAAGUAAUUUCAGUUUAAAAUGGACUUUAAGAAAGUUGCUUGUGAACAUGCAUGACCUUUUCAAGGCGCAAUGAAACCUUGUCCGUUGCACUCAAUAGCCAUAUUGGACUCCUCCUUCGUGGGCCUUGUUUCUUUGUUUUGUUUCUCCUUUGUUUCCUGUGAGUGCUAAGUACCAGACAGUAGUCAGAAGGAUAUAGAGUCCAAGUGAAUUGGUUUUCUAAGCUUGAGACUUGAUGCCUAUCACCUCUUUAGCAUUAGAGCAGAAUAAUCUGAGAGUAACUUUAUACUUUAUGCUUUUUUGUGUAUAUCAUGUAGAGAAGCACAUCUUGAAGUUGUUUAUAUAUAAAAUAACGUCAUAAAACUUCAGCUUUAUGAUACUAAUGUAAGUUUUCUCAGAACUCGGUUGUUGCCUUCUUAAUGAAGAUAUUUUCCUAUAAGUGUGACUAAAGUAGAACCAGGGCACAUGCUUUAGGAAGAUGGGCAUAAUAUUUUAAGUGUGAUUAUUUGAAUUGGUAUCUUGGACUUUGUGGGCCACAAGUUGACUAAGUUUGAAGGGAUACAAUGUGAUGGAUUGUAUAAGAAAAACAAUUUAGAGUUAACUAGAUAUAUUCUGGAUGAUUUUCCUCCAACUAGACACAAUGUAUUUGAGUCUUCCAGGAAGAGUAAAAAGGUAUGCACACUUUUAGGUUAUGGCUGUUGUAAAGGAUUUUAGGUUUGCAAAAAGAAAAUUCUGGAGGGGAAAUCUCUAUGCGAGGAACUGGGUAGUGUGAUUCUGUGCAGCCCUGCCCUUGCCUGGAGUCUGCUGUGCCCUUAUGUCAUGUAUGACCCACGCUCACCUGCUAGUAAUUUCUAAUUUACUGUCCUAAUUCAUCGAUUUGUUAUCACUAAUUGUUCUUCAUUUACUUCUGUGUAGUUUCCAGUACCUAAAGGGUUGAAAGGUUGCUGUAAUUGGCACCCGCAGCUGCUCUUUCUUUUGACAGGGGAUAAUUUUGCAGCCUAUGCUUUGUGUGACAGCUGCCUAAUUGGGCAUUCUCCCCUUGUAGCAAGCCUGCCUCCUCCAGCCUCCCUGCUGACAAAUGGUGGUGGAUUAUAGAUGAGGACACGCUGACCCAUUCGACCUUGCUGAGACAGCGGGGAGGGGCCUCCUGCUACUUGAGGGAAGCUUUAGGUCAUUUAGAGGACAAGGUCACUAGCCAGGUGGGGAAAUGACAUGAUAUCACAUGACAGUAGCCUGAUGACACGGUCAGUGUGUCAAGGACAAAUGCAUCAGUAUUGGUUAAACAUUAUUGCAAUACUUCAUGGAAGGCCUAGUAUUUCUUAAUUGUUCUGCUGAUUUUUUUUUUUUUUUUUUUUAAGAAAAAGGAAGAGUGCAGAAUAAGACACAGGUAUUUUAGCAGGGUUAAAAGCAAUUGUUGACAUGAAAAUAGAGCUGGUUUAGAAAGCCUCCUCCUAAGUUUUUCCAGCCAUCUAGAGUAUUUUGCUUGUAAUUAUUGUUUAGUUUACAGUCUCUUGGCUGUCAGUACUUUUCAGGAGUUACUUGAAAAUUAAGGCAGGCAGAUUAAAAUGAGGUAAUGUAUGUUGUUAAAAAAUAUUUAACAAUUUCUGUCAUCACCCUAUUCAAUGAUUGGCAUACCUUGUCAUAUUUUGAAAAAAAAAUAAUAAGCUAAGUGAAAAUGCUUAAUUGAAAGGAACCUCAAACUCUGGAUUUACGAGCUCAAAAAUACCACCAUGCUAUCAUAAUUAUUAUAAAGUGCUCAAGACGUCUUUUAAAUAAUUUUUGAGACCUGAAAAUAUUUUCUAAAUGCCUUGGGAUUGUAUUUAAUGUAAAAAUAAAAGAUAAAUGAAAAUCUUUCAGAUAGCUUUUUGUUAUUAGGAGUACACAUGCUUUUCUUGGAGAAGUGGUUGUGAGCUAGUAUAGUACCCUUUUUAAGUGCAAAAUCUUAAGAAUCCUUGCUGAGUCUAUUAACCCUAUAUGAACACUUGAAAGAGUAGCCCAUGUACACGGUACUGAAUAGUCCAGUUUAGAAAAAUGCCUCUUUUUAAGAACAGUGAACAGUUUAAUGCAAAGAAUAAUGAUCAUGAUUCUCAUUUUCUGGAGAAAAUUAAUUGUUGUUGAGUACUGUUAGAGAUCUAAGCCCUUAGUUCAACAGGAGAAAAUUUUAUGCCCCUGAGAUAGAAAACUAUCAGUGGAAAAAGUGUGAUGAAUUAGUUCACUGAAGUAGAUACAUCUGUAUUUUCAUGGCUUGUGCAUGCGUAUGAGUGUGUGUGUGUGUGUGUUUAAUUUUGCCUGUGCUGUGCAUGUGUUUAGCUGCUCUCAAACCCCUAACUCAAGCUUGGUAGAGGUUUAAUCCUGUGUCCUUGUACACGUAGACUUGAUUAGUAGUUGUGGUUAUCUCAGCAGAAGACACACCGCCCCCUCCUUGAAUUGGUCGGGACCUGGGCAUUGGGGAGUCAAGGCAGAGGAGAGAGAAAAGAGAUUUUACAUUAGUAUUCCAUGAAAGCCUUACUGUCUGCAGAACAAAUUGAUUGCUCCGUUGUACCUGUGCUUGGCACCACUGCUGUGAGAGAAAGGUAGGGUUGUAAUCUGUUUUAUUGUAUUACAUAUUGUGACACUCCAGGAAUAUUUAACUCGCGCUCUUUCUAUGACACGUGCUAUAAGUCUAAGUAAAAACAAACAAACAAAAAAAAGGAAAUAAAUGAAUGGAAAGUAUGCAAGAACAGUGGGCUACAGCUUUGUUUACUUCAGCCCAUGAGAGUUCAUUCCAAUAAAAUAAUUUUGCUGAAAGCGUCACUGGGAACAUAACCUGAUUGAUAACGAAACCCUAUAAAGUGUUCUGAGGCACUAAUCUGUUUCACUGCUUGCAACGUGUAAGGCAGAGAUGAAAUUCAAGCUAAUAUUGGAGGAUUUUCAACACAAGAUAAAUGGGAGAAGUCAGGGAGGUGGUUAUGGACCUAAUUAGUUUAAGAGAUGAUUUUUAAUUAUUUUCCAGUACAUAUUGUUAAAGGACCUACAUAACAUGAUGCAAAGAGUCGGACGGAGAUUUUCAUUAAAAAUAAAAAAGAGGUAGCCACCAUACCACCUGAAACCGUGUUAAGGAAAUUAAGAAAUAUAUUUACUUUAUUCUUUUACCCAUUUCAUUUGUAUAGACAUUGCACUGCUUGAUUCUGCUGUGGGAAAGGAAACUGCAAGGUUUCUUCCAGUCUUUUAAAAUGUAUAUUAAUUCUGUGACUGUUUUUCAGGUAGACACUUAUCGUUUAAAAUUUGAGAUUGCUUAAUAUGAGUUGAAUGAAUGUUUUAGUAUUUCACAAAAUGACGGAAAUAGCUGGGAUUUGAUCCCUUGCCAUUCUCAGGCAUUCUUGAGCUAUUGCCGGAGCUGCACUCUUUACAUUAUGUGAAAAUCUGUACUGUGGGGGGAGAGGACAAGUUCCUCUUGUCUAAGAUUCUUGCCACAUGUGAACUGCAACUGCCCUUUGCCUCCUCUGGCCCUGUCCUGAUCUUUCCGUUAUAAUCAUAGUGCUCGCUUUAGGAGAGCGAGGAAGCAAACUAGUUCACUGAUGGAAUUAAGGUGGUUUUUCUGUUGUUUACUUUUAUGUUCUUACAAUUAGUAAGUAGCUUUACAUUUUUUAGAUUGCAUUUCACUUCCCUUUAAAUAUGUGAAUAGUUGUUCUAUAUUUGCUAAUUAUACAUUGUAAAAACACUCUGAUACUGAAGGUUUGUGUAAUCAGAGGCUGUGGAUGUUGGUCUCCAUUUAUUCCCAGAAAUGUGGGAAUAGAGAAGCAUUUUAAAUUAUUUGUUAAAUAGCAAAUACUAGAUUCUAGCAUAAAACAUUGAUUAAAAUUAAUUCUUCACAGUCCUGUUAUUUAUUAAGGAAAAGAGACGUUUUGAAAUAACUUUUUAACUGAGUGGCAAAAUUACGGCUAUUAAAUAUGUUUUCAGUUGGAUAACAGCCAUCAAAAUUAUUAGUAUUGUAUUCUUAUACACUUUGUUUUGUGAAAGGUUUUUUGUUUUUUUUUUUGAAAAAGGGUUCAUUGAGAAAAUGUAGAGGAAAAUAAACCUUAGAACUAAGAAGCAGAAUAUUUUAUUUUCCCGAAUAAAACACAUUCUAAACUCUUUCUAGGUCUAAUUUUAGUUUUUAACUUUGUAAUUACCUUAGAAAUGUUGAAAACUUUGUUUUUACCCCUACAGAAGAAAGGCAUGAAAUACAUGUAUUUAAUAUUCAAGCAACUCAGAUUGGGAAGAUAAUGGAGGGAAUACCAAGUAGAGGAAAUUGAUGUUUUCUUGUCGUGGGGGUUGUUGUUCUUUUUGAUGGAGUAGGAGAUUGUUUUUUACAGACAGAAGCUGCAUUCUUUGUUUACCAAAAUAUCCACAAUGCUUAACACUUCUUCUGGCACCUAGUAUCUGCUCAAUAAAUACUUGUUAGUCAAAUGAAUAAAGAACACUCAGUCAGUCUCCCUUCCCCUCUACAUGCACCCUUUGUUGUCCCUCCCCUCUGUUAACAGUUUCAAGGGUUCUCCUGGUAGUAAUUUUUAGCAUCUGCUUCUCUUCUGAAAGCAUUCUAGGUGUUGAAGGAAGGGGAAUUCAGUGUUUCAGAACCAGACUAGGAACCGUGUUUGCAGAAUUGUUGGCAGUCCUAGUGGCUCAGGUGACUGACUGCCCCCUCAAUUGUUCCUCCUCAGAACAUAAAAAGGCACCUGUAGACAAACAUGCUUAGAGAUCUUCUUCACCUCAGAGUGCCUCCAUCCUUUUUCCUCCUAUGCUGGCUUGCUGGGAUGUGGAAGUUUUUAAAUGGUGAAAUCUGUUUCUUCUUAGAUUCAUUCAUGAGUCUAAGGUACGUUAGGUCUGCUAACCAAUAUCAACAUUAUUUUGAAACAUCCGAGAAAACUACAUGGUAACAGUGGUCAGACAGAUCUAGGUACAUUAAAUCUGUGGAGAAAACAAACCUUGGGCUUGUUAUUAUGAUCACUACUCUAAGCCAUGAAAUGAAAGUCAGUCAUGAAGACAGCUUUAAUAUGUGGGUGAUAACUUCUCUAAGCUCAGUUAAUGAGCAGAUGUUUUUAUUGUUAGGUGUUCAACAUUAGCUAGGCUUAGACCGCAGUUUUUGAAUAGUAGAACCUUACAAAUCAGUUAAUAUAAAGAGUAGAUUUAACAGAUGAGGAAACUGGGCUUUUAGUCACGUCACUUUUAGGCAAGUCUCUUUUAGGCUUGGUCACUCUUAUAAAAAUAGUAGCUGAACUGUGGCUAAAAUACAAAUUGCCUAUCUUUUUAUAAAAAGUGAUGACUUUUUUUUUUUUUUUUUUUUUUUUUUUGUCUUUUUUGCUAUUUCUUGGGCCACUCCUGCGGCAUAUGGAGGUUCCCAGGCUAGGAGUCGAAUCGGAGCCAUAGCCACCGGCCUAUGCCAGAGCCACAGCGACGCGGGAUCCGAGCCGCGUCUGCAACCUACACCACAGCUCACGGCAACUCCGGAUCGUUAACCCACUGAGCAAGGGCAGGGAUCGAACUCGCAACCUCAUGGUUCCUAGUUGGAUUCGUUAACCACUGUGCCACGACGGGAACUCCAAAAGUGAUGACUUUUUGACAUGAUAUCAGCUCUUUGAUUUUAUCCUUCUAAAAUAAUAAUUGAUAUGUUGAUACUCGCCAAGUCUUAUACCUGUAACCACAGUAAAGUUUAAUUCAUAAUAAAAUGGACUAUAAAUUAAAGCAAACUGACACCGAAUCAUUAUAUAUAUUUAUAGUGAUAUAGGUUCAAUUUGCUUUAAUUUACAAUCUAUUUGGUUAUGAAUUAUACACAUACACACUUAUUUAUUGUCCCCAAUAAGUUUGGAUCCAGUGUGGUCUUUUUUCCUUUUUUUUUUUUUUUUUCUACCAGUACUCUUAUACCAUAAAGAAUGAGUAUCACUUAAUAAAGAUAUUAAAAACUAAGAAAAUAUAUACAAUUAUAAUAUCUGUAUUAGAAUAAAUUUGUGAAGAGUAUAAUUUUAAAUAAUACAUUCUAGUCUAUUAAUUUUUUGGCCCUGCCCACAGUGUGGAGAGGUUCCUGAGCCAGGGAUCAAACCUGUACCACAGCAAUGACCUGAGCCAUAGAGUCUAUUAAUAUUUAACAUUUUAAUAGUGUAAUAAGGCUGGGCAGAGAAAGUAGGCAGCCACCUGAGACUCUUGCUGGGCAGGAACCUCCGAGGAGGGAUACUAGUCAGGCAUGGCCUCCUUCAAGCACAAUUAAAUGUCAAAUUGCCAAAUUCAAGAAACAUUCCAGUUCAGAUUGUUCAUGGAAAGAUUAGACUCCAGGGGGUAGAGUUGAGGUUUGCAAAUAGGUCCCUGCUGUACCUGUCAGAUGGGUCUCCAAGUUAAAGACUGAGAAGGUCCUUCCCAAAAUCAGUGCCUGGCAAGACUAGACCUGCCUUCCUCUACCUGAACCGGUUUUAUUUCCAGUGCAGAAAUGAACAAGGAACAAGCAACUAGAGGUGCUGUCAGAAAAUCAAAUUGACCACACGUAGGGGUAGUGGGGAGAGUAGAAGGUAGUGGAGGUGGGGUUUAGGCACUUGGCUAUCUCAUGCUCACAAGUAAGUUUAUAUAAAGCGUGUAAGUGGCAAGGAUGGCCACUGUUUCUAAGCCUUUCCAUCCCCUUAGUAGAUUAUAAAUUAAUUAAUGAAACUAAACUAAACUUCACACCUAGCUUUUCCCUUCAAUGAUUGGGCAGAGCAAGGUUUAGAGACAUACUGUUUAACCUCUCAAAAGUUCAGUUUGCCCAUUUUCAAAAUAAGGAUUAUUAUCAUAUCAACCUCUUUAAGUUGUAGGGAAGAUUAAAUGAGAAGACACAUUUGUAUACCUGGACCAUUAUAUACAUCUGAUAAUUAUUUGUUUGUGGAUGUUUGUGUCUAAGUAUAAGAUAGCCAUAUGUAUGCUUUACACAACUGUUAAUAACAGAGGACUUGACUAGGUAACCUUAAUAUGAUAUAGUAGAGCUACUUGGGUAUCUCAAAAUGAAAGAUACAGUCUUUUUAUCUUCAGUAUGCAGCGUGAUGAAGCUGACUGUAAACUAUUAUUUCAUAUUUCAAACUAAAAGAAAAAAUAGCCUAUAAUUUUAAUGAUUCACUCCCACAAAUUAUAUAUUUUGUCUUGAUCAGUUACGUGAUUUUUAUUUGUAUUGACUUUAUCAAAAUAUGUAUCAAAAACUGUGCAUAAUUUUCAGUGACCGUCUUUCCCUCUAACCAUGUAAGAUAUAUAAGUGAAUCAUGGAUCUCAAUUUAGAAUUACAGAAAUAAUUUGGAAAAUGAGAACCCAGAGCAGAUAAGGUAAAGUUUAAUUUGUUUAAAUCUUAGCUAAAAUGUUUAGCUUUCUUCAAGUGCCUUUCAUAGUUUCUAGACUUCUGUUUACCCUCUUUAAUUAUAGAAAUUACUUAGCAAUUAUAGACUUUUGUAGAUCUUUAGGAGACUAGGGUGAUCUGAGUCAACAAAUGUUAAGUGCCAAAUAAAAAGCAACUUACGUUACUUUUCUCUGGAAUGCACAGAAUAGAGGAAUAUUAGAAAUUGCUCAAGAUUUGAUCUCAGUUUAAAUAAAAUUUUACUUUUUCAUUAGAUAAUACUUGUAAUUUUAAAUGAAUUCUUUCUUUUGAUUUUUAUAAAAGUGUAUUACUUGAAAAUCAGAAGGAUUUUUUAAAGCUAAACCUUGUAAUCAUCUUUACUUGGCUUACCUGAGAAAUUUAAGUAAUUAUAUAUAAAUAUAUAAAACAUAUAUAAAAUAGAUAAAUAUGUAUAUAUGUAUUUCCUAUGCUGCCAGUUGCUUUUCAGUAUUACGUAUACAAUUAAGUGAUCAGAAGAAACUAAGAAUAUGUACAGGCAUCUCUUACUCAGCAAAAACUCAGUGUCUCAGACAUGCCUUUGGCAAACAGAGUAAAACCAAUCCUUAUCCUCAUGGAGCAGUGAUUACAGUGUAGUGGUAGAAGACAAGCAACAAACAAGUAUUAGAAAGAUAAGGAAAAGCAAGCUAAAAAAUAUUACAAAAUGAGAGAAGUCCUAAGACAGCUGAUCUCCUGGGUGCUCUACUAGGGAAUGAAUGGGAUACCUUUUUACCUAAAGCCACUGGGAAAAUAUUGUCUUAGGAUGUGACAUUUAAGCCAUGUUGUAGAGCACGGCAAAGGAGCAGCUGUAGGAAGAAAGUGUCUCCCUGGAAGAGGGACCCACGCAUGGAGAUUCUGAAGGGCCAGAAAGUGAUGUCUGUUCUGAGAUGGAAGGAAGCCCAUGUGGUUGGAGUUAUGCUCUCCACUUUGGUAGCCUUGGGUCACAAGUGACUUGUGCAAAUUGAGGUGUACUCUAAGAGCAAAUUACACUCCAAUUUAGAAGGCUUAGUAUGACAAAAAUGAUGUGAAAUAUCAUAAGAAUUUUGUAUUGCUCUCAUAUUGAUUAACCCAAUAUUAUUUUGCAUAUAUUGGGUUAAAUAAAAUACGAAUUAAUUUUACCUUUUUUUAAACUCUAAAAAUUAUGGCCACUAGAAAAUGUAAAAUUACAUUUGUGGUUCACAUUACGUUUCUGCUGGACAGCGCCUGACUCAAGUGUAAUGAGCAAGGGACUAAAUGGCAUGAGGUAAGACUGGUUAGAUUCUCUGGAGCCAGAUUAUGCACCAUAGAGAGGAAUUCAGACUUUAUUUGAAGUGAAACAGGAAACCAUUAUGGGUUUUUAGUCAAAGGGAUUUAUCUUUUACAAAGAGCAUUGGCUACAGUGUGGAGAAUGUAUUGGAGGAGGGCCAAUUAGGAAGCUAAUACACAGACACUCAGAGCUAAACCGUUAUCACAACAGCUCUCAGAUAGUGUUAUAUAAAAAAAAUAGUAUCUCUAGGAGUUCCCAUCGUGGCUCAGUGGGUUACGAAACUGACCAGUAUCCAUGAAAAGGAGGAUUCUAUCCCUGACCUCACUCAGUGGGUUAAGGAUCCAGCGUUGCUGUGAGCUGUGGUGUAGAUUGCAGAUAAGGCUCGGAUCCCAUGUUGGUGUUGCUGUGGCUGUGGUGUAGGCUGGCAGCUGCACCUCCUUUUGACUGCUGGCCUGGGAACCUCCAUGUGCUGCUGCAGGUGUGGCCCUAAAAAGCAAAAAAAUAGUAUCUCUAAUCAUCCAUGAGUUUUUCAGUCUGAUGGAUUUUCUUAAGCUAUCAGUGUAUUGGUUUAGGGUUUACAUGUAUAGGAAGAAUAAUCUUUCAUCCAUGUUCAUGAAACAUUAAAAUUCUUGCAAAAUUAAAUUUCUACCACCCUACCAGAACACUGUAAUUUAUGGAAAUAGUAAUUCUUUAAAGUCAUUUAUGGCUUUAAAGAUUUUCGAAAACUUUGGCAAACCCAUAAUGUUUCUUAGUAUUUUGUAUUUGGAGUAAUUGUUGAAUGGUUUGAUGGAAGCUACUGAUAUCACAGGUCUAUAAUUCUCUGUGAUACGGCUCGUUCUUCUUUUGUAAGUAAGCCUGAGAGACUUAGAGAAAUUAAGCAAGUUGUUAAGGUUAUAGGGGAGUAAGUGACAGGCUAUUCUAAAACUUAGCUCUCCCGUGUAUAUGUUGUGAUUUCCUCUUACCUAAGUGCUCCUUUUAUGUAGUGGGGGGGGGGUGUUUGUAUGCAUGACUAUGAAUUAGAUUGGCCAUGUUGUAUUUGGUGAAUUCGAUUUGCCAUAUUUUAUUUGGCUCAGAAACUAUCAUUGUAGUACCACAGUUUAAUUUAUAUAAUAUUGGAAUAAUUCUUAGUCUUUGGCUUUUUACUGUAAUUUAUAUUACUCCGAUGGUGUAGGUUUAGGGUUAUUUUUCAUAGUAGUAAAAAAAAUGCAAGACAUGGCAAUAUAGUUUAGUGGGUUAUUUUUCUGAAUCGUUCUCGGUUUUUUGCUUUAGAGGGAAAUUUAUUUGCUAUAGAAUCUGCUUCCACUUAUGAGUACUUAGGGUAAUAAAUCAUUAAAUCAUUAAAUCUUUUUUACACCUCUGUGGGUGAGGUAACAUUAUACCCAGAAUCUCCCAAAAAUUAAGUUAGUAUCUGAACUGAGAUUCAAAGUCUGAACUCUUCGCUUUAGUGUGUUACCCACUUUUUAGGUAUCUUUGAAAUUAAGUAUCUUCACAGUAUCCCUCUUAUGACCAUUUACACUAUCAACAGUAUUUUUCCUGUAAAAACCAAAGAUCAUUUGAAUUCAAGUGAAAAUUUUUGAGAUUUUUAAAAAUCAUAUUUCUUUAGCAGAAUUGAAAUCGAUAUGUCAUCACUGACAAGACUGAUACUUUUUGAUAAACUAAUAGUUUUAUUUCCCCUGGUUAAUGAAAAUAAGUGAAAAAUGGAGUUCCUGUUGUGGUGCAGCAGAAGCGACUCCGACUAGUAACCAUAAGAUUUCGGGUUCGAUCCCUGGCCUCAAAUCCGAGGGUUAAGGAUCGGGCAUUGCCGUGAGCUGUGGUGUAGAUCGCAGACAUGGCUCAGAUCCUGUGUCGCUGUGGCUGUGGCUUAGGUUGGCAGCUGCUGCUCCAAUUAGACCCCUAGCCUGGGAACCUCCAUAUGCCAUGGGUGUGGCCCUAAAAAAAAAAAAAAAAAAGAAAAGAAGUGGAAAAAAAAAUGAUAUGUAGCACUCAAGGAAGCUUGCUGUGCAGCAUAAAAAUCUGGCAGUUUUCUUUUACUGGAUGAUCUUAUGUACGAUAGGAUAGUGGAAUCAGUAGGCAUAUUACUACUAAGAGUUGUCAUGUAAUUUAGAGUAUCAAGUCAUAGUAAAAUACUUACAGUUUUCUUUAAAUUGCAGAUUCUGCUAGUUAGGAAUUAGAACCAGGAAUCUACUUGGUUUGUAAUAUUAUGUUAUAAAAGAUUGUUUAAAAUACCUGAGUAUCCAAAACAUUUGCCUUGAAGUACUAUUUAACUUUAGAUUCCAUUAUAGCAUUUGAUUUUGGAUAGAUUUUGCCUAAUUAGUUUAAAAUAAUAUUAAAACAAUUAUGUAAAUUAUUAUCAAUAUCUACUAGAGUUAUAAGGAGCAUAAAAGGUGAAAUAGUAGCAUUUCUUGAGGACUUGCUCUAUUGGAUGUUUUAUGUAUAUAAUUUAAUCUUCUCAACUGCCCUAUCAGAUAAGUUGGUAUCAUAUACAUUAAACUGAGGCUCAUACAGAUUUACCCAGUUAUAGAGCUAGUAGAUGAGCCCCAGUGUUUUUAUUUUUAAAUUUCAUGGUAUCCUUUGGAAAUGGAAACUGGCAGGAAUUUUUUACUAUACAGAUUGUUGGAAGGUGUAAAAAAAAGAUCCUUUAGAAGUGAGCUGUGGAAAAUCUGAAUCAGGUUUUUUUCAUCUUAAAUUGUUGGCGAUUGACAGCUGGCAGAUUGAAGUUGUGUCUAGUCCUGUGCGUAGCCAAUACAGUACCAUAAAAUAGUUUGUGAAGUCAAGUUUCUCAGUCCUAGUUUUUUUGUUGUUACUGGUCUCGAUUUUAGUUGGUUACUUCCAGUCAUCUUUUAUCCCCAGGCCCAUCACUGAUAACACAAAGGCUAAAGGUCUUAACAUGGCAAAUGCAAAGAUUACCCCCUGUAAUUGUACAAGUGCUUUUCCUAUUGGCAGUCCUUUUAGAUAACCAAAACUGACUAUUGAGCAGAUUUUAAGAAGGUUUAACCAUUUUUAUCCCUUCUCAGACAGAAUUUUACAAAUAAGAUUGACUAGUAGCAACUUCUUGGUGCCCAUUUUUCUUAAAAGUAGAGAUUCAAAGUACAUCCUUUGUUUUGUUCCAAUAUGCAGUUUUCAGUGUAUAAUUUUGUUCUUCCAUUUUGCUAGUUAUACAGAACUCCACCUGGCUCUUUUAUUUCCAAACAGGUAUUCUAACCAUUUCUACUUCACAGUGUUUAUGCUACUGAAUAAUAGAUCUAGGACAAUUUAUUGCUAAAUUUGGGGAUUUUUUUUUUUUUUAGUACACUAUAGACGUUUUUAAUAGAUUGAAGGAGUUUUCUUCUCCCCUUUGUGUCACUCCUUCUGAAUAUUCCUUCAGUGUGUUUAUUAUUUUGGGGGGAGUGGGUGGAAGAGACACCUUACUCGGUAAAUCAACUUCAGUAAUAAUUUUGUUGUAGCAAACCUAUGUUUACAGUUAGACUUUUGGGGGGAAGAUGCCAAGUUUUUGACUUAGGACAUUUGAAUGCUAUUCUUCUAUGCACAUAGAAUACAGAAGUUUAUAAACCACAUCAGUAUAUCAAGAACCUCAAAACUCACUCAGAUUUGUAGGUUCAAUGUUUAAGUGGUAUCUUUGCCAACUGUAAUUUAUUUCAAAAUAGGCUGAAUUCCUUUAGCUCUAUAAGAUAUUCAGAACAGAGGAGAAAACAUUGGUCAGAGAAAAGGGGAAAAUUCUUAAAGGAAAAGCCAGCUUUUAAUCUGACCAUCUCAUAUGUAAAGGGACAAUGGUAUUAGUCAUCUGCAACUUUAAUACUGGGAGUGUUUUGGCAACUCUGUCAUAUGCUUGGGCUCUACAGUUACUGUGGGAAAGUAAAUGGAACAGUGAGUACCAUGUUUUCUCUGAUUUCUUCCUUCUCAUAAAGAGUAUAUUAAUUUCUUUAUUCUGUUUCCUUUUUGAAAAUGUGGUACCAUUCAUGCAAGUAUUUUUACUUCCUUUUGAUUUCCAUGAAAUUAUCUCUAAAGCUCAACUGCAAGAAAUUUGGAGUGACGCUUUUAAAAAGUCUUCUUUUUGUGGGUAAGAGAGAGGAUGAAAGAAGGCCUUUUAUUCUAUCUAGAGUGGGACUGUAUACUUCCUCCUGAAAGGAGCAUCAGUCCUAAAUGAUGAAGAGAGAGGCAGAGUGAUUACACUUAGCUGUACUAAGGACAUUCUCAAGAAGGAAAGAGCUAAAAAAGCCAGAGUAGGGGAGGUGCAGUAGAAUCUUAAAGAGGACCUUGUUGCGCCUCAUGCUUUUAAAUCAGUAAAGUGAGGCCCCCAAAAAGAUGGUAACACAUGGUCACUUUUUUUCUUUUUUCAGUAUCUCUCCUAGCCCCAGAACUCUGGGACUUGGUCCAUAUGGCCUGAUUCAGAUCUUCCCUUUGUUGGUCCCACCCACAUCCUAUUGAAAGGCAGAAGCAUUUUACAUCUUAUGAAGGAAGGCAUUGAGUGAGAUGUAGUUGGAGAACUGUAGCCGUGGAACCUUCUGCCUCUUUUUGUUGUUUAUUCCACCUUGGAGUAAUUGUUAUUUCUGAUUCCUUCCUUUGGGCACUUGGUGGAACAUUUGGGGCCAAGGCUGUUAUCUAGAACCAGGAGCCGCCAGAGUUUAUUUAAGAAGAAUUGGAGGCAGAUGGAAACCCAGUAGUUUACAGCAGCAAAUGAAAUAAAAGAAGCACCUGGAACCCUUAGGUCUUACCUGGCCUUAUCUGACGCAGGGUAACCCUGCUUCCCACCCACCCCACUUCACUAAUAGGCUUUGACUGCAGGCACUAGAAGAGUGUAAAGCUGCUUGAUUUUAGCUGCCAUGCCCAUUUAGGGACAUAUUUUGCUAGAGAUGAGUAGAGGAGGCUGAAUUAUGAUCCCCUUUAUGUGAUAUUUUGCUAUUUGGCCCUCUGAGCCAGAGCCAUCUGGUCUUUAUUUCCUUGCCAACUUCGGUAUAACCCAUCCACCUGCCUCUGUGCUAGGUUCCACUUCAAGGAUUCAUUUUCCAGUCUGCUCGUACAUAGAGCUUGAAUACCAACAUAUCCCUUAAGAUUUUCUUGUCUCUUACCUGGUUCCUGCUAUAUAGCUCACUGGCAUGGAGCCUUACUCUCUUCAGAUUAACAGGCAUAGUACCUAGGCUGUAUAUUUGGUAAAGGUAUUCCCUCUAAGCUCACCUUUCUCUCAUCCCUAUAUUCUCAAGGUCUUGAACCUUGCUCAAGGCUCUUCCUCUAGGGCUGGGACAAUCCUAGUCUGACCCACAGUUGAGCAUUAAUACCUGUAUUAUUAAGUAUUAAUAAUCCACUCCAUUCCACCUUAAUCACAUUUCCCAAAAUAGGGAAUACAGUCUUCAUGUCAGUAUCAGGAGCCUUUGUAGUUCUGAAUGCCAGCAGCAUCAUAAGCCAGGUAGAAUUAGCUUAAGAUUUGAGAAUUAAAAGAUGGAAAGAAGAAUUAGACGAAGUAAACCAUUUGAGAGGUUGGGAGAGGGAGAGGAAGGCAGGAAGAAAGAAAAGACAGGAGGAAAAACAUGCUUAAGGGGUGAAACAACUCUCGACUGUUGCCCUUGGCUAGUGGGACUGGAGUCCUGAGUUGAACCCAGUUGGUAGGUUCUCACUCUGCAGUCGUAGGAAGUGCUUUUGAAUUUAAUAGUCCAGAUUUGUUGUCUUUUUUUUCUUUCAGGGCCACGGGUGAGGCACAUGGAAGUUCCCAGACUAGAGGUUGAAACAGCUACAGCUGCCGAACUACGCCACAGCCACAGCAACGCGGGAUCUGAGCCACAUCUGUGACCUACACCACAGCUCACGGCAAUGCCAGAUCAUUGACCCACUGAUCGAGGCCAAGGAUCGAACCUGCAUCCUCAUGGAUACUAGUUGGGUUCAUUUCCACUGAGCCAUAAUGGGAACUCCCAGAUUUGUUCUCAUCUUAGCAAAAUUACAAAGUGGAAGAAGUCAGGAGAAGGACAAGGAAAUGGACCACCUGUGCUCUUACCUGGUUUCUUCUUUCCUUGGUUGAGAAGAAGAUCAAUAUUUUUUUUUGCUUUUCAUGUGAAAAGGAAACUGAAUCUUUAUUUCUUUUCCAUCAGUCUUUGUCUAAAUGAAUUGCUCUCUUCUUGAGUAUGAGAAAUUGUUCUUAACAUCAGACAAUUUCAGUCUCCUCUGCCUACACAUACCUAUAGAAUAUAUACGUUCAGGUAGGUUCAGCCACUUCAGGGUGAGUUAAACCGCUUGGCCUAAUAUGAAAAUAAAGAUUUGUCUUCUUUUAAAUUCAAAGGAGUAGGGAAAAUGAUAACACAAAUUAAACUGUAAAGUUCUUCAACAUCAGUAAGUUUCACACAGCUGUAGGGAUGACUUGACGAAAGGACGCGUUCAGCCAGAUGGCCUGUGCUGGCCUCCUUCCCAUUCCUGCAAAAGAUAUGUUAUUCACUCCCAGGGUAGCUCAGGGAAAGAGCUGAUUAUGGAAUUAAAACAACCAACGUCCAAUUAACCCCUGUUUUGGUCAAUGUUUCCUACACAGUUUGGAUAAUUGGCAUACUUGAGUUCCAUCAAGGGAGGUGGCCGGUUUAUUGGUUAGUUCAGGCUCCUGGGAAUAAGAAAUCUGAAAUUCUCUUAUCAGCUCAUCCCCUUCAAACUCUGGGCAUGACCUUGAACGUCGUCUUUACCUCUGUGUCAAUAGCUUUGCCCAUUUGAAAAUUGGAGAUAUGUGUUGGACGUGGACCAUGUAUGAGGUGGAGGUACUGUAGGAAAAGUGACGAAAAAGUGUUGAUAUUUGCAGAGGUCUUUAAACCGGGAUUUAAAGGUAUAGUUUGUCUUACAGGGUGUUUCUGCAGUAUCUUAUCGAUGCUACAGUUGCAUAGGUUAUAAGCCUAUUCCACAAAGCUCAAGUGCAGGAAGAUUUAUUAGAGGCAUGUAGCAGGUGCUUCAGGACCCAGUGGUAGGAGUGCAUUGCAUUUCCUUGAAACUGGAAAACCAUUCAUCAGCCCUUUGCUGUCUCCUCUCUCUCUUCCUUUUUUGCCUUUCUCAUCACUGCCUCUCUCUCUGCACCUACUUCAUUCCUUCCUCUCAGGAUACUCACUCCUCUGUAUAUUAAUCUGUGAAAUGUGGCCUCAUUAAGACAACCUGGAAAUGAAGGUUUUCAGUCUCUUUGAAUCACAUACCCCAGGAGAGGAAAUGAAUUGGUCCAGUUUGGUCAAAUUCCCGAAGUGCUCCAUUCCCCUUAGGCUAGUGAUCAGGGAACAGAUUCUUUAUGAAGAAAGUCUAAGGAAGGAAAAAAUGAUGGGCAUCUUUUGUACAUGAAAUUACUCUUUGGUUUAAGUAAACAUAUCUUAGAAAAUUCAAUAAUUAGCUAAGUUAUUAAACUGCAGAUCCAGAGGGUUUUUUUUUUUGUUUUUUGUUUGUUUGUUUAGUUUUUCAGGCUAUAUAUAGAACACGUUGAACAUUUAACAGAUAAUUUUGAGUGCCUCUAAACUAUCAGGUAUAGAGACACAAAAACCAAAGACAAUCCCUGCUCUCAAGGAGCUUUAUGCAGAGUGACUGGAAAGUGAAGAAAAAUUUUUUGAGAAACUCCUCUAGUCUGGUUCUCUGUCUAUAGAAUAGUUAACAUUAAGAAAAUGCCAGGCAUAAUUCAUUUAAUACAAUAGCUUGAUGAGGUAGAUACAAUUAUGAUUUCAAGUUUGCAGCUAAAGAAACAGAGCCCCAGAAAAUGUAGCUUGAUCAGAGUCACCCACUGACAGAUUGCAGAGUCAGGAAUCCAAAGACUGUUCUUCUAACUAGUAUGCUCUGUGACCUUUCUAGGAAAAAUAAAAGACAACAGAUAGAGGUUUUUAGAGUAGGCAAAGUAAGCCAGAGUUCUCCAGGUGCUACAGAAGUGUUUGCUUACCUGUUAUUUAAACUAAUAGGAAUGGCUGGAACUCGGAAGACCCUAAAUUGGUUUCGGAUGAGCCACUUAACUGGCCAGUUAACCAGUCGCUCAAUUGCUUGUUUGUUAAAAUGUGAACCUUUGUGAGGUAAUAGAGUAUUAGCCAACCCCAGAAGGAGAAUCAAAAAGAAAAAAAAAAAAGCAACAAAAAAAAAUAUAUAGUGAUAUUUCAUUUGAGGAGGACAUAUGGCUGAAAGCACCUGGGGAAAAGCUGGCCCUUUUUAACGUGUAGUAAACUCAGUAGCAGUCAACGGUCUGUGGUGGAGAGCUCCCAGGAGCUUACAUACACUACCUUGGCCAGUCAAGAAUAUGUGAAGAACUGCCUCUUUGUAGACUGGCACCCACAUGCAUGUGUCUUCCUUUGUUUGCCCUUCGCUAGACUCCUUCAACCAUGGAAGGUCACUGUCUUAUCCAGACCUUAACAAGGUGAUAGACUUAGUGGAAUAAUGUUUCUAGUGUUUGAAGGAUAGUUGAGGGAUUAGCCUUGUUUUUUUUGGCCCCCCCAAAAAGACAAAUGAUCAGAAUAAAGGAGACAGAUUAUAGCCCAGUGCUGGGAAGAAUUUCUUACUAUUGCAGUUGUGUAAACACAGAAUGAUUAUCUGAAUAACGACUAAUCUUUCUUGAGCACCCGCUUUGUGCCAAGUGCCAUAUGAGGACUGUGACAUUUUCAUUGUUAUUCCUCACAGUGGCUCUGUGAACUAGGUAUUGGUUCUUGAACAUUUACGAAUAAAACUUUCAAAAGUGGUUAACUUGCCCAAAGUCAAACGGUUGGUAAGUGAAAGAGCCAGAAAUUGAACCCAGAGCCAUCUGAUUCCUAUAAUACAUAGUUACCAGAGGUUUUGAGAAAUAAACUAGACAACCAGUGUUAGCAAAUAGGUUAUUAAAGACGUUUAAGCAUCAGAUGGGAUGAUUGGUUAGGCAGAUGACCUUUCAACUCUCUCCUAACCUUAAAUUGGUCCUAUUAUGUUUAUAGACUCUAUUUGCUAUUAGGAAAGUGAUAGCUAGUCAUAGAAUCAUUAUAGAAAAAUAAGUUUCCCUUCAUAAAAACCAGCUGCUUUACCACUUUUACAUAAGUUCUAUAAAUUUACCUUCCCAGUAUGAUGGAGGCAAGAAUAUUUGUUAGUUUUGCUUUCAAAAAAAGUCAUUAGUCCAAGUGAAUAAAAUGUCCCAAAACCCCACAACAUUUUAUGAAAGACAAGGACAUUCGAUUUGGUAGUGUAAUACCUUUAAAAUAAAUGCCUGAAUAGCUUUUGGAGUAUAGUAUGAUGUGUUUUUAACAAAUGUUGAAGAGUGUCUUACUGUAUAUUUUAGAAAAAUGUUUUAAAAAUUUUAUCAAAGUUAGCUAUUUUCUGGACCCACAUGACCUCUUAGCCCCUCAGACCUGAGAAACAUUAUUUAGGUUUGAUACCCUGCUGUAAAACAAGAGGGAACCUGAAGCUUAGCUUUCAGUUCAGUGCAGGUCAGAGGAGUACAUCUCCUUGAUAUUAUUGCUCCAAACAGCGGCUGCAGACGUGGAAGCAGGACAGCCAGGACAAUGGCAUGCUGACUCUUCCACAUCAGUAUUCAAGACCUGCUUGGAUAAUGUUUGUUUUUGUUGAAUUGGUUUUCAGAUUUUCAGGUUUAAAGGCUUUUAAAAGUAAUUUGAUCACUUUUACACAUUCUAAUAGAAUCACUUUAUGGCAGGAGAUUGUUUUUAUUUAGCCAAACACAGUGAAAGCUCAUACUUGACGCUCUUCAGCAAAUAGAGGUUCACAGGAAAAAGAUCACCCUAAGGAUAGCUUUGACCAAUUUGCUUUCAUCUUUAUCACACAACUUAAAGGGUUCAAGUUGCUUGGUAAAUGAUUAUUAUCUACUUCAGUGAUUGACUUUUUUUUUUUUUUCAAAUGGACAUUGAGAAAUAAUUUCUCAGCUGUGAUUACUGUACAUUUCAAAGUUAAUUCCUAAAGCCUUUUAAGGAUGAAUUUGAUUUGUCUGAUCUUAGGGAUUAAAUCUUUCAAUGUGCUACCUCAUUUCUUAAAUACAGCUCCAUCAUAAGAAAAUUUAACAAUGAAAUAUUUUAAUGUUAAAUAGGUUUUAUUCAACUUCCUAUAGAGUGAGUAGUUUGAGAGAGGGAUAUGGUGGAAAGCUUUAUGAUACCAGCAUUUUGAAACCUUUGCUCAUUCUUAUCUAUAGUCCAUAAGCAUAUUACAUCUUAAAACCUUGGCCAGGAAGACACUGAUCAGAGGAAAUUAAGUGAAAAAUGAUCACGUUUUAACAAAGAGAUGUUAAAAUAAAGAUCUUCUUGAAAGUAUUUAAAUCUUGUGUUUUUCUUUUUUUAUUACUCAAUGAAUUUUAUUACAAAAUUUAUAGUUGUACAACAAUCAUCAUGACCCAAUUUUAUUGCAUGUGUGACAGGUAUUCUGUUAGAAAAAUGCAAGAAUGCUAUAAAAUCUUGUGUUUUUCUAACGGGAAUACUAGUCACAUGUUUUUCAAAUCCAGAGAACUUCCUGUGUAGGAUAAAAUACUUUAUUACUCUUUGAUUUUGUAAUUUUUUUGUGAGUUUAUAUUUAGAGGGACAAAGGAGGUCUUAGAUUUGAAACCAAACAUUACAAAUGGCACUAUCAUAUUGUUUUAAAUCUUAAGGUACCUUAGAAUUAUGACAGCUUACCCCUCAUUGUCUGAACCUCUAAGUGUUUGACUUGUUGCAUGUUUUACUGGGAAUGUGAUCCCUGCCAGGUGCUGGGAUAUAAGACAACAGAGGUGGACUCCUUGCCCAGAAGAGCUUUACACUCUAGUUGAGGGCCACGCAUAAACGGCGCAAAAUGCAGUUUUGUAAUGAGAUGAUUGAAAGAUGUACUGAGUAGUGCUGGGGAGUCCUGCAGGUCCCCAGCCUGCAUAGUUCAGGGAAGGCUGCCCAAGGAGGGAAGGGGUGAGUCCUCAGCUGAGACUUACAGACUGUAAAAGAUUUUAUUCCUUGAGCUUGAUUAUCAGCAAAUGGAGCAUUGUUAUAUGAUGCAUUUUUAACUCUGAUAUAUUUUAUCAAGUGAUGAUGAUGGUAAGGAUUGUGUGGGUGAAAGGGGAGAAGGACACUGAGCAGAAAGUUCUGUCAAGAACUUUUUAUUCUUUUUAUUCUACGUCACAUUAUUUUUCCCAUGGUUAUGUCUUAGUCAUAUCCUCAUGUGUAAUGGCAAGGAUUUAAAUAUAAAACACAUUAUUCAUUUUAUAUAAAUGCUAUAAUUGAAAGCACAGUAAGUACCAAAAUAAUAAAGCAAAAUAUAGAGUAAAUAUUGAUAUAAGAACUUAAGUGAUGGUGGAAUUGAACAAACAGAGAGGUAUGGCAUAUAUGUGCCAGUCCCUAUAUCUUUUUUAUCUAAAAAGGAAAGGAAAGAGGAAAGGGAAGGAAAAGAGAAAGAAAGGAAAGAAAGGAAGGAAGGAAGGAAGGAAGAAAGAAAGAAAGAAAGAAAGAAAGAAAGAAAGAAAGAAAGAAAGAAAGAAAGAAAGAAAAACAGAAAGAAAGAAAGGAAGAGAAGAAGGGAGAGAGAAGGGAGAGAAAAGGAGAGAAAGAGAGAAAGGGAGAGAGAAGGAGAGAAGGAAUGAUGUAUAUAACGGAGAUUCUCACAAAGCUAAAGUAUUUAAAUUUUUGAUGUUAAAAUGUUUUAAUUUUAUUAAAUAACGUUCAUAGUAGGUAGUAGUAGUUGUUUCUAAUGAUCUCAGUUGCCAAAGUAAAAAUUACCCGGAAGCAUUUUUAGUCCAGUAAAGUGAAGUCAGAAAGACACUGACCUAUGUUACCAGCACUGUUCUUCCUGCUUCUUCUCCAGCCCAUAGAGCCUCUUCUAAAGCCUCCUUUCUACCCCGCAGCCCAAUCUGUAUCUGAGUAUCAGGUGCCGAGGCAAAUCACGCGGACUCUCCCUGCUCCUGGACUGAGUAUGCCCGAGACCUGGACAGCAGCACAGCCUGUCUCAGAUGGGCAGUUACUGGCUACAGUUCCUGAGGUUUUUACUUCAGACAUUUGCCGUGUAUACUGAUGAGCAAAGGAGACGUUAUAGAGAGAACACUGAUAUUUGCAUUUAUUGGGGAACAAAAGAUGAAGAAGAAGCAGUGUAUUCACUAAGGAUUCUGCUGCUGCUUCUUACUUGGGAGUUGAUCAGCUCUAUGGUCGGACUGCACUGGGGUCGGCCUGCCAUUUAUCUCGCCACUGCCAGCAGGAAUCCUGGUCGGAAUGUAACAGUACACCUCUGUCUAAUUACUAUGGAAGGUGAUAAACUGACACUCACUUAUUAACAUUACAUCUCAUUCACCCAAAAAAAAAACCAUUCUUCAAAGUGAAUAGAAACCAAGCCCUUGUGAACACUUCUAUUGAACAUGACUCAUGGAGAAGAGCUUGGCUCUGAUGUGCACCAGGAUUCUAUUGUUUUAACUUACCUAGAAGGAUUACUAAUGCAUCAGGCAGCAGAGGGAUCAGGUACUGCCGUCGACAAAAAGUCUGCUGGGCGUAAUGAAGAAGAUCAGAACUUUAACAUUUCCGGUAAUGCAUUUCCCACCUGUCAAAGUAAUGGUCCAGUUCUCAAUACACACACAUAUCAGGGAUCUGGCAUGCUGCAUCUCAAAAAAGCCAGGCUAUUGCAGUCUUCUGAGGACUGGAAUGCAGCGAAGCGGAAGAGGCUGUCUGAUUCCAUCGUCAAUUUAAACGUAAAGAAGGAGGCUUUGCUGGCUGGCAUGGUUGACAAUGUGCCUAAAGGCAAACAGGAUAGCACAUUACUGGCCUCUUUGCUUCAGUCAUUCAGCUCUAGGCUGCAGACUGUUGCUCUGUCACAACAAAUUAGGCAGAGCCUCAAGGAGCAAGGGUAUGCCCUCAGUCAUGAUUCUUUAAAAGUGGAGAAAGAUUUAAGGUGCUACGGUGUUGCGUCAAGUCACUUAAAAACAUUGUUGAAGAAAAGUAAAGCUAAAGAUCAAAAGCCUGAUACAAAUCUCCCUGACGUAACUAAAAACCUCAUCAGAGAGAGGUUCGUAGAGUCACCUCAUCAUGUUGGACAAAGUGGAACAAAGGUCCUGAGUGAACCUUUGUCAUGCGCUGCAAGAUUACAAGCUGUUGCAAGCAUGGUGGAAAAAAGGGCUAGUCCUGCCACUUCACCCAAACCCAGUGUUGCUUGUAGCCAAUUAGCAUUACUCCUUUCAAGCGAAGCCCAUUUACAGCAGUAUUCUCGAGAACAUGCUUUAAAAACACAAAAUGCAAAUCAGGCAGCGAGUGAAAGACUUGCUGCUAUGGCCAGAUUACAGGAAAAUGGCCAGAAGGAUGUGGGCAGUUUCCAGGUCUCCAAAGGAGUGUCAGGCCAUCUUAAUGGCCAGGCAAGAACAUCAUCAAACAAAUUAAUGGCUAGCAAAAGUACAACAUUUCAAAGUCCAAUGGGUCUCGUUCCUUCUUCCCCCAAAAAUGCAGGCUAUAAGAAUUCACUGGAAAGAAACAAUAUCAAACAAGCUGCUAAUAAUAGUUUGCUUUUACAUCUUCUUAAAAGCCAGACCAUACCUAAGCCAAUGAACGGACACAGUCACAGUGAGAGAGGAAGCAUUUUUGAGGAGAGCAGUACACCUACAACUAUUGAUGACUACUCAGAUAACAAUCCCAGUUUUACAGAUGAUAGCAGUGGUGAUGAAAGCUCUUAUUCCAACUGUGUGCCCAUAGACUUGUCUUGCAAGCACCGAACCGAAAAGCCAGAACCUGACCAGCCUGUUUCUCUAGAUAACUUAACUCAGUCCUUACUAAACACUUGGGAUCCCAAAGUCCCCGAAGUAGAUAACAAAGAAGAUCAAGAUACCUCAAAGAAUUCUAGGCUAAAUUCACACCAGAAAGUGACCCUUCUUCAGCUGCUCCUCGGCCAUAAGAAUGAAGAAAAUGUAGAAAGAAACAACAGCCCUCAGGAAGUCCACAGUGAUGUGACAAAGUUCAGCACACAGAACUAUGCUCGGACCUCUGUCAUUGAAAGCCCGGGUACCAACAGGACGACGCCAGUGAGCACUCCACCCCUACUUGCAUCGGCCAAAGCCGAGUCUCCCAUCAACCUUUCCCAGCAUUCUUUGGUCAUUAGAUGGAAUUCCCCACCGUAUGCCUGUGGCCCUCCGUCUGAAAAGCCAACAAAUGCCACCUCCAACCGCUUGAUGGACCUUACAAAGAGCAAAGACUUGCAAGGAGAGAAACCAGUCCAAAACGAAGGUGCACAAAACUCUGCCACGUUCAGUGCCAGCAAGCUGUUAAAAAAUUUAGCGCAGUGUGGCAUGCAGUCUUCCAUGUCAGGGGAAGAGCAGAGACCCAGUAAACAGCUGCUAAGCGUCAACACGGAUAAACCUACAGGUGUGAUGGAGAGACUCGGUAGCCCUCUGCUCGCAAAUAAAACAAACCCAGCUGAAGAAAAUAAAGCAUUCGGCAGCCACUCAGCCGGCCCUGAGCCCGGACUUUCUGGUUCCGAAAUAGAAAAUCUGCUUGAAAGGCGCACUGUCCUCCAGUUGCUGCUGGGAAACUCCAACAAAGGGAAGAUGGAGAAGAAAGAGAAGAUUCCCUUAAGGGAGGGAAGUACUCAGGAACAUACAGACCGAGCUUUAAGUGAACAAAUAUUGAUGGUGAAAAUAAAAUCUGAGCCUUGCGACGACUUCCACGCGCACACCCCGGAUGUGCACUCGAGCCCCGAUGCUCAGGGCGCCCCAUUCUUAGGGAUGGCUCCUCCCGUGCAGAGAGGCGCAGCUGCCUUACCAGCUCCCGAGGACUUGAAAUCGGAGCCCGCUUCACCUCAGGAUUUUUCUUUCUCAAAGAACGGUCUGCUAAGUCGCUUGCUGAGACAAAAUCAAGAGAGCUACCCGGCUGAUGACCUGGACGGCAGUCACAGAAACAGUGAACUGACACUUUUGGAAUCAAAGAAUCUUUGCAUGGUCCCUAAGAAAAGGAAGCUUUAUACUGAGCCGUUAGAAAAUCCAUUUAAAAAGAUGAAAAAUAACAUAGUCGAUGCUGCAGGCAGUCACAGUGCUCCGGAGGUGCUGUAUGGGUCCUUGCUUAACCAGCAAGAGCUGAAGCUUAGCAGAAAUGAGCUUGACUUGAAAUACCCUGGCAGUCAUAGUUCACCCAGCGAAAGUGAACACAGGAGUUGGGCCAGAGAGAGCAAAAGCUUCAACGUUUUGAAACAGCUGCUUCUCUCAGAAAACUGUGUGAGAGAUUUGUCCCAGCAUCGGAGUAACUCUGUCGGUGACAGUAAAAAGAAAGGAUGCAAAAACAGUGUGACCAACAGCAAGCCUGAAUUCAGCAUUUCUUCUUUAAAUGGACUGAUGUACAGUGCCGCUCAGCCCAGCAGUUGCAUGGACAGCAGGACAUUUCCAUACCCAGGAGGAGUCAAAACUCCCCUGAGUCCUCCUUUCCCUGAGCACUUGGGCUGCACAGGGUCCAGACCAGAAUCUGGGCUUGUGAACGGGUGUUCCAUGCCCAGUGAGAAGAGACCCAUUAAGUGGGUUAUCACAGACGCGGAAAAGAAUGAGUAUGAAAAAGACUCUCCAAGACUGACCAAAACUAACCCAAUACUGUAUUACAUGCUCCAGAAAGGAGGCAAUUCUGUUACCAGUCGAGAAACACAAGACAAGGACGUUUGGAGGGAGCCUUCCUCUGCUGAAAACAUCUCACAGGUUACAAUCAAAGAAGAGUUACUCCCUGCUGCAGAAACUAAAGCUUCUUUCUUUAAUUUAAGAAGCCCUUAUAAUAGCCAUAUGGGAAAUAAUGCCUCUCGCCCACACAGCGCAAAUGGAGAAGUUUAUGGACUUCUGGGAAACAUGCUAACAAUAAAAAAGGAAUCAGAAUAAAAUGUACCUGCCGUCCAUCUUUGGAUCUUUUUAAAAACUAAAUGAGUUUGAACUUGAGAUCUGUAUAAAUAAGCGCAUGAUUUGAGAAAAGCAUGGUAUAAUUGAAACUUUCUCAUUUUGAAAAGUCUUGGUUCCUGGUGAUGUUUAAAUAUGCAUACUACUUUUUGCUUUACGUUAGAUGUCAUGAGGAAGCUGCUGAACUAGCCAGUGGUUGUUUAACACUUUGUAUGCAUCAGACAACAACUGUGAGUAGCCUAUGAAUGAUAUCCUUUUUUUAAUCACAGAUAACAGGCAUACAUUAAAAUGUAAAUCUUCAUCCACAGUGGAUUAAUGCAUUGCUGCCUUUAUUAGGGUAUUUUAUUUUGCUUUUCAGAAGUCAGCCUACACAACACAUUUUUUUUUAAGGCCAAUUUAUUAAAUAAUAACUCUUUAAAGAUAAUUGUUGAACCUAGUUCAAUUAAAAAACCUAGUUCGGAUUUAUUUCUCAAUUCAGUUCAAACAUAAAUUAGGAAAAAUAUGCUUACAUUUUUCACUUUUGCUAAAGAAAAAAUUAUUUUUAACUCUUGGAAGGGGUUUUAUGAUUCCCUAAUGUGUCUGCUCCACCCCAGUCCUUUUCAAUACACUAUAUUUCUUUAAACCUUGUACUACUUAGUAAAAAAUUGAUUACAAUUGAUGGAAGUUUGAUAGAUCUUAAAAAAAGGCAGAUUUCCAUUUUUGUAUUUUAACUACUUUACUAAAUUAAUAUUCCUCCUUUUGCAGAAUUAGGAGAGUUAGCAUUUAUCUUCAGGUGGUUUCCUGAAUAGUAGAAAUAAGUUGUUUUUAACAGAAGCAAAAUGGCUUUUCUUUGGACAGUUUUCACCAUCUCUUAUAAAAGCUACUUCUCACCAUUUCUGUGGUACCUGUGAGUCUUGUGACCAGGGUUUCUUAAUAAAGCUGGACUCAGACUACCUGCGUUAGAAUCAUCUGGAGCACUAGUUUUAAAAUGCAGAUUCCUAGGCAGCAUCUCAGAUCUACACAGAACAAGAAUCUCUGCUAAGUGGACCUGGGAAUCUUCCUUCUGCAUCUUAACACACUCCCUAGGUGUUUCUUCUGCACUCUGAAAUUUGAAAACCAUUGCCUGACUUUUCUCAGAACACAGGAUUGUAAACAAACUAUUUGAUGCCUAUAUUUUCCCCAGUAUAGUCACACAUCAACUCAAAAUUUGCAAUAUUGUACUUCGUAUAUUACUGUUAUGUCUUUGGAAAUCGGGUUCAGAAUACUUUUUAUGACAAAAAAAAAAAUUGGGUGAAGGGGACAACUUUCAUACCUGGCUCAACAUCUCAGGAAAAUCUGUGAUUAUUUAUGUGUUCUAAUGAGUAACAUCUACUUAAUUAGCCUUAGGGAUGGACUAACAGGGCCACUUACCAAACUCAGGUGAUUCCAGGAUGGUUUGGAAACUCCUCCCGAAUACAUCCUUAACUUCUAUUAAAAUCCUUGUCCUCAGAACAGUGCUGACAAAGAUGAAAACAUUUAUUUCAAACCCAAGAAAGACACUAAACUCAACUAAACAAACAAAUACAGAGGGCACAUAUACAUGACAGAAUUAUACACAGUCACUCCAUCGGAUCUGUGAUUUUGAAAUAGUGAUUAAAAAUAACCAUUGGUUUUUCUUGGAAAAACUUAAUAUGCUAUUGAGCCACAUGAUGUUUUUAUGUUGAAACAAGAUCAAGUUUUUCAGUUCAGUUUUUACAAUCCACAGUUCAUUCACCAGAUGUUUUUGGUUUUAACUGUAAACCAGGUUAGCAACUGACCUAUCAAAAAAUUGUUGUAUAAUCAACUAUUAAUUAGAAGGAAAUCUAUUUGAAAUUGUUCUACUUGAAGUUGUUUCUAAGAUUUUUAUAUUGAAAAUGGGUGUUAUUUCCUAAUAUGAUCUAAAACCCGGAAUCAUUAUUUUUUCUCAAAAUGAUUUGUAAAUAGUGACUGGACAUAUUAUAAAAUAAUAGGAGUGAAUAUCAUGCUACAUCCUGAAGAGAUGAAGGCAUAUGCUGAUUUUGAAAUGAAAAUUCCACUGGCCAGUGAAGAAAUUCACCUCCCUCUCAUCUUUACUCUGUGACAAUCUUACUGUCUACACUAAAUAAAGAAGCUUUUAAACAAGGCAUUUUUUUUUUUUUUCUGCCAUUGUGAAAGGUCUGGAGUCUUAGGAAUAUCCUAGGUUAAAAGUAGUGAUAUCUCCCCCUCAGUUAGGGGAUUAUGGGCCUUUACAUGGAAGUGAACUUUAGGUCAGGAAAAAGAACAUUAAGGGCCAGCAUUACUAUCUUUUUGUUUCUUUGGUCAGUUGGUUGUUUUUGUUGUUAUUGUUGUCCACUGUUAAAGAAAUGAAGCUAUGCCAUACGUAAAUAAACAUGACCACAAAGACAGCUGUUCUGACUUACUAGAGAGUGUCCCCAAUUUGGAUUUAGUACAGUUUUAAAGAAGAGCGGUGAGAAAGGGCAUACAUCCAUAAAUUCACUUCAUUUAUGCGUAUGUAGAUACAAGGAUGCACAUAUACACAUUUUCAAGACUAUUUUAGAUAUCUAGACAAUUUCUUCCUAAGAAAGUCAUUUGUGAAAGGGUACUACAGCUCUCAUUGACAUCAGUAAGGUAGCAUUACCUGUUUAUUCUCUGCUGCAUCUUACAGAGGAGUAAACUGGUGAGAGUAUAUAUUUUAUAUAUAUAUAUAUAAUAUGUAUAUAUAUAUAUAUAUUGACUUGUUACAUGAAGAUGUUAAAAUUGGUUUUUAAAGGUGAUGUAAAUAGUGAUUUCCUUAAUGAAAAAAAACACAUAUUUUGUAUUGUUCUAAUACAACAGAAAAGCCUUUUAAUCUCUUUGGUUUGUGUAUAUUCCAUGUAUAAGUGUAAAUAUAAUCGGACAGGUUUAAAAAUUGUGCAUGUAUGUAUACAGUUGCAAGUCUGGACAAAUGUAUAGAAUAAACCUUUUAUUUAAGUUGUGAUUACCUGCUGCAUGAAAAGUGCAUGGGGGACCCUGUGCAUCUGUGCAUUUGGCAAAAUGUCUUAAGUCAGAUCAGAUGUUCAUCCCAACACAACAGUAUUCCAUUUCUGGACAUGACUUCUGUGGUUUAAGCUUUGUGAAAGAAUGUGCUUUGAAUUCAAGGGUCUUAAAACUUUUUAAAUCAAGUCAACCACUUUUCAACAUAAAGGGUUCACACAACUACUUUCAUGAAUUUUUUACUCCCAUUGGAAACAUAAUAAUAUACCAGGAGUAUUCCAGUAUCCUGGAAUAGAGGCGCAUUACCAUUCAUGGUAUGAAUUCUGGGGUUUACACAACCAAUUUUGAUGCGAUCUGCUCAGUAAUAUAAUUUGUCAUUUUUAUUAGAAAUUUAAUUUCUUCAUGUGAUGUCAUGAAACUGUACAUACUGCAGUGUGAAUUUUUUGUUUUGUUUUUUAAUCUUUUAGUGUUUACUUCCUGCAGUGAAUUUGAAUAAAUGAGGAAAAAAAAUGCAUCAUCUCUGGUUUGAAAUGACUGUUAUUUUGUGGGCCUCCUGUUUUCAGGUUUUCAUAAACAUAAAAGCCUCUGGUCAUGCAAAUAACAAGUCUUCAAGAGUGCCUUGCCCUUCUCAAAAAGAUGAAAAAAGAAGGUGGCUAGUGCGUUAGUGUUUCAUGGAGCAGGGCAACUGACACAUGGCUCAAAGACAGCCUGUCCUAUGUAGCCCUGAUUCUGUUGCUUGGUGUGUAACAUGGAUUUUUACACAUGGAUACAUGAUGCUGUGGUCCUCAUGGGUUUUUUUUUUUUUUCUUUUUUAAAAAUUUUGUUGAAGUAUAGUUGAUCUGCAAUGUUGUGUUGGUUUCUGUUGUACAACAAAGUAAUUCACUUAUAAAUAAGCACGUAUCCAUUCUUUUUCAGAUGUAGGUUAUUAUUGAAUAUUAAGUACAGUUUCCUAUGCUGUACACCAGUCCCUGUUGGCCAUCCCUCCAUUCAAUAGGCAAUACUGUGCAUGUGCCAAUCCCAAACUCCCAAUCCAUUCCUCUCGCCCCAGCCUUUCCCUUUGGUAACUAUAAGGUUGUCUUUAAAAAAGUCUGUGAGUCUGUUUCUGUUUUGUAAAUAAGUUUAUUUGUAUCUUUUUUUUUUUUUUUUUUUAGAUUCCACAUACAAGUGAUACCAUGUGAUAUUUGUCCUUCAGUCUGACUGAUUUAGUGUGAUAAUCUCUUAAGUCUAUGUUGCUACAAAUGGCAUUAUUUCUUUUUUGGGCUAGUAUUCAUAUAUAUAUACACCUCAUCUUUAUCCAUUCCUCUGUGGAUGGACAUUUAGAUAGCUUCCAUGUCUUGGCUGUUGUAAAUAGUGCUGCAGUGAACAUGGGGGUGCAUGUAUCUUUUCAAAUUAUGAUUUUUUUCAGGAUAUAUGCCCAGGGUUGGGAUUGAUGGAUCAUAUAGUAGUUCUGUUUUUAGUUUUUUGAGGAACCUCCAUACGUUUCCCAUAGUGAUUGUACCAAUUUACAUUCCCACCAACAGUGUAGGAGGAUUGCCUUUUCUCCACACCCUCUCCAGCAUUUAUUGUUCAUAGACCUUUUGAUGAUGGCCAUUCUGACCCGUGUGAGGUGAUACCUCAUUGUAGUUUUAAUUUGCAUUUCGUUAAUAAUUACGGAUUUUUUAAAUGGGAAAAAGUUUGUACAGUGUUCAAAAAUAAAGUCGGUUUGAUAUAAA